AUGCGCUCCCUCCCUGCCUGCCUCCUGCUGCUGGCGGCCUGCCUGGCCAGCGCCCGGGCCUUGGACCUGCUGGACCCCACCGCAGUCGUGGAGGAGCUGAGCCAGCACUCCCAGGGGCUGGAGCGAUGGAAGAGGCCCGAGUUCUGCGGCAAAAUGGACUGCCCGCCCUUCCGCACCAAGAAGCACACCGACAACUAUGAUGUGCGCAAGUAUGACGCGGGCAAGUGGGUUGUGACAAACACAACCGGCUCCAAGUUUGAGCUGGCGUACACGCAGGCGGUGUCGAAGCUGCUCAAGUACUUCAAGUCCGGGAACGACAAGGAGGAGACCAUCGACGUCACCACUCCCACGCUGGCCGAGCUGAAGCUGGACAAGGAGGGCAAGUCUGCGGGCCAGGACUACAGCUUCUCGCUGUGGAUCCCAGAGGAGUUCCAGGCGCGCACACGCCGCAGGCCCCGCCCCACCUGCCUGCCACGCUUGCGUUGGGAAGCUGGCAACUGCGGGCACAUGGAGGACACGCCGCAGCCCACGGACAGCGACGUCAAGAUUGUGGCCUAUGAGUCGAUCACUGUCUACGUCCGCGUGUUUGGCGGCUUUGCCACCGAGGGCACCAUCCUGGAACAGACCCGCUCGCUGCAGAACAUGCUGCAGGACGAGGAGCGCGACUUUGCUGACGACGUGGUGUGGGCCGCCGUGUACGACCCCGUGCAGAAGCUCCUGCGCCGUCACAAUGAGGCAAGCAGCGAGGGCAGCAAUGUCUGCGUGCACAUCCCCUACGCCGCAAAGAAGAGCUGA